AUGGCUGCCAUCUCAAACUACACCGUCAUCGGUACAGACGACGACUUCUCCGCCGUUUACCAGCCCACAACCUCAACCGUCUAUGCCAUGAACUUCUGGGCUGCCUGGGCCCCUCCCUGUGUCCAAAUGAACGACGUCUUUGAGGAACUCGCCUCCAAGAACUCCAACAUCAAGUUCAUCAAGAUCGAGGCGGAAAAGUUCCCUGAUAUUUCUGAAGAAUAUGAGAUUGCCGCCGUCCCCAGUUUUGUCUUCGUCAAGGAGGGCAAGGUGGUGGAUCGUGUUGAGGGUGCCAACCCACCAGAGCUGUCCAAGACCGUCGCCAAGUACUCAAAGUCGCCAGCCUCAUCAGCAACCAAUGGAACCACUGCUGCUGCUAGCCCUUCGGUAGCAGCAGCCCCCACUAUGUCCGCAGAGGAGAUGAACGCCAGACUCAAGGAAUUGACCAGCAGCUCGAGCGUCAUGGUCUUUAUCAAAGGAACCCCCACUGCCCCUCGCUGCCAGUUCUCGCGCCAGUUACUCGAAAUCUUGACUUCCCAGAACAUUCGCUUCAGCUCGUUCAACAUUUUGGCUGAUGAUGAGGUCCGUCAAGCCAUGAAGACCUUUUCCGACUGGCCCACCUUCCCCCAGGUGUAUGUCAAGGGAGAGUUUGUAGGAGGAUUGGAUGUUGUCAAGGAGCUGGUCGCUACAGGAGAGUUCCAGGCCCUUGUGCCAGCAGAGAAGGAUCUCAAGACCCGCAUGGACGAGCUCAUCCAAAAGGCCCCCGUCAUGAUCUUUAUCAAGGGCAGCCCAGAGACCCCCCGCUGCGGUUUCUCAAAGAAAUUGGUGGCAUUGUUGGCGGAUCAGGGUGUGACCUACGACUCGUUCGACAUUCUGGAGGACGAUGAUAUCCGUCAGGGACUGAAGACUCAUGUUGACUGGCCCACCUUCCCCAUGGUCUUUUUCAAGGGCGAGCUUUUGGGUGGUUUGGAUAUCGUUUCUGAGAUGGUUGAGAACGGCGAGUUUGCUCAGGUCGUCGCUGAGGUCAAGGUUCCCACUGCAUAG